GAAUUAAACGUCGCGAUUGGUUUAAAAUCCAUAACUGGCCUCCGAGAGCCAGGUGUCGUUCACACCGCGGCCUCGCGCCUCGUCUCGUUAAUCACUCGUGUUCUGUUCGCUAUUGUUGAACUGCGCCGUCCGUACAGCCAUCUUUGUCAAAUUACGUACUAUUCAAUUACAAUAAUUUGGUUUGUUUGUGGUAAUCAAAUGGAACAAAACGCAGGGACUAGUGCUACCAACCAACGCGUCGUUUGGCAGGAUCGUGUACAAUUUUACAUUCUCUUUUGUUUCAUUAUUACCGACCGACGCUUCGUUUAAUGGAAGCGUUACGACUUCUAAACGGCGUUAACAUAACCAGGCGACCAUUAAAAUGAUGGAUGAUGUUGUCAUUUGCAAAAAGUGUGCGAAGUGAUAGUUUUAGUAAAUAAUGUGAAAAGUGUUAUUAAUAUUUAAGUAUCUGCGUGUGUAUAUGAUGAAAACUGCGUUGUAAUUUAGCUUUACACAUUGCAUUUACGAGUGAAAUGGCGUUGCGGAGCGCGCGGGCCGGAGCAUGCGCGCCAGUUUCCUUACAAUCGCUGGGAACGCACUAAAUGUCCUUCGUUUACGUGCACAUCAAAAUGGGAAGGUCGAGAUUCCCUGGAAAACCGCUCAAAUUCCAGAACAGAAAGCGUAUUAGUGUUUUAUCGGGCGCUGUUUACCAUGAGACUACUUCAGAGGGUCAUCCGUCCACCCGUGGCGCGACGACCCAUGAUUUUGCUGGGGAUAAAGAGGAGGAAGAAAAGAAAGAAAGCAAUGAAAAUGGGACCAGUGAAACCUGUGAAAAUGAUAUAGCUCAAAAUACACUUAAUCAAACACAAGUUAACCAAGACAAGAACAGUGAUUCAUCAAAGUCCCCAGUGCGCACUAGAUCACAAAACAAAAUGGAUAUUACAAAAGAUAAACCAAAGCCAGUGAAGAAAACUGUAACAUUUGGUACAGUUGAAAGUUGUGAAGAUAUCUUCUUGCCAUUGAAGAAGAUUCCUAAACAUCAUGCACCUCUUGUUCCUAUCAUAAAGAAAAAAUCUGCACUCAAACCAACAGAAUAUUCCAGCAUUCUAAAGCCUGCUAAGCUAACAGACCUAAGUUCUAAAUCAACAUCAGAGCACCAAGAGGGUUACAUGAGGAAGAAUCUGAAUCCUCUGUCAAAGCCUAUGAACAAGUUCACUCAGUUUAGUGAAAGUCGUUGUAUGUCACCACCUCCUCGAAAUACAUCGCCUGUAGACAAAGAUAGUGGAAGCUCUGCAAAAUUUGUAUUACCAGCCAGGAGCAGCCAUUCCUCCCGUGUUAUUAAACCAAACAAGAGGUUCAUUGAUGGUGAGGAACAAACAAUGUUAACAAGUAGCACCUUAUCAUCAGGAAAGGUUCUUAAGAAACCUAAAUUAAAGAGGUUGGUAUUCAAUAACGUACUGGAUGAGGAUGAUACGCCAGAAGAAGAGACUAACAAAUUCAGUGAUAAGGAUAAAAAUUUAUUGAAAUCAUCAAACUUGUUUAAGGAUAAAACAACUAAUUCAUUCUCUGGCCUCAGUACAAAUUCACGAAAGGCAGUGCAUGAUCUAUUUUCAUAUGAAAAAGAACCUAAUUAUUCACAAGAUGAAAAUUCCAAUUUAGAAAGUCUAGAGAAACUAAAAACAGUUGAACCUAACAAAGAAGAUAGAACUGGGCAUGCAAUGAGAAAACUAAUGGACAUUUCUGAUGCAAGCAGUUCAAGUAGUACUAGUAGUAGUUCAGAAUCAGAGGAAAGUUGGGAAAGUGACAGCCCUGGUGACAGUGGGGAGGAAGAAGAAAAACCUGCCCCACCUAGUCCAGAAAAAGAGAAAACAUCAGCUUCCCAGCUUUUGAGAGGUAAAGUCAUCAUCCGAGAAGCAAGGUUGCAAUUGAAUCCACCAACUCAAUCUACAUCUGGUUUAGAUGGACCAUUUUCCACACUUGCUCCUUUAUCAUCUACAAAUCCACCAACCACUGUUACUUGUGGUGUCUGUGGGGCAGUGCGCUUUUAUAGAUUUGUUAAGCAAACCAGAAAGUUUGGAAUUUAUUCCUGUGAAUCUUGUCGUAAAUUUAUUUCAAAAAUGAUAAAGAAGGAAAAGAUAUCUCAAAGGACAGGUCCUGUGGUUAUGCAGUGUUUGAAAGGAGAAGGUAAUUGUCAUGUACCUCCUAUAGUCCGAUCACAACAAUGGAAACUAUUACGGUGUACAAAUAAAACUAGAUGUCCAGCUUGCUGGCUCAAGAUGUGUCUUAAGGCCUUCCAAGUACCACCAAUGAUGAAAGCUGGUCUAACUGCUAUGUUGCCUCCCUAUAUGAAAACUGGAGUGAAACCUAUAGUAUCACCUCUAACACAAGUCAACCCAUUGAGAAUAAGUCAAUCGGCUAAUAAUACUUCAACAAUGCAAUCAGUCUUUACACCCAGUAAUGAAAGUGAAAUGCUUUUCGGACCACUUAAAACAAUAAAGAAAUCAAAUGAAGAAGCUGAUAAAGUCAUCGAAAAGGAGGAAAAGCCGCAAAAAGAUAAUCCGGAAAAAGAUCAUGGAGAAGAAUUUGUUGCGUCUAAAAAACGUCGUUUAACAAGAGUCAAAGUGCGAAAGAAAGAUAAAAAUGAAUCUACGCAAACUGAGGAUCCGAAACGACAGAAAGUAGAACUAAAAGGACCAAGAGUUAAACAUGUAUGUCGUAGUGCAUCCAUAGUGCUAGGACAACCUAUUGCAACAUUCCCAACACAAGAAGAAAAAGAGAAACAAGAGAAAAUAUUGGCAAUAACUGAUGAUGAGAAUAUCUCAAAUCCUGUUCCAGAUAAAGAGAUUCCUAUGCCUGACUUAUCAACUGAUGAAUCUGAAGGAGAUUCUGAAAAUAAAUUACCUCCCAUUGUACCUGCAAUAGAUUCAGAAAUACCUAGUACAAGAAAUACAGAUACAGAAAUGCAGAUUGAGACGAAGAAGAGGAAAUUAGAAACAUUGGUUUCUGUUAAAUCACAGAAAGCUGAGUCUAGCGAAGAUGAGACUGUUAUGGAUCUAGUGCCUAAGAAAUUGAUCAUGAAACCUUUAAUGAAUAUUACAAAUAUGCGAAACCGAUCACAGAAAUGCGGACAGAAUCGCCCAGAAUUGAUCUGUGUUGACUUCUGGGAGAGUUAUGAUCCUGAUGAAGUGUGCAGUUCAGGUUUUGGUCUGAUUGGAACAACAUCUUUUACGGUUGCCAGAAUUUGUUUCCUAUGUGGAAGUGCUGGAAGAGAAAAGCAGAUGGUGGUGUGCUGGUCCUGCUGCGAGUGGUACCAUCGGUGGUGCGGGGAGGCCGGCGAGGCGGGUACGGGCGCGUGGAGCUGCGCACGCUGCGCCAGCUGCGCCGCGUGCUCGCGGGCCGCCGCGCGCCUCCGCUGCCGCUCGUGCCUCGCGCCGCACCACGCCGCCUGCUUGCCGCGCCGCACGCUGCCCGACCGCGCCGACCGCAGCGAUUGGCCCCAGAUUUGCAGCGCCUGUCUAAAAUGUAAGAGCUGCGAUAGUACUCGCGUGAGCAAGUUUGUUGGAAGUCUACCAUUCUGUGGACCCUGCUUCAAGUUACGGCAGAAAGGCAACUACUGUCCGUUGUGUCAAGCUUGUUAUAGAGACAAUGAUUUCGAUAGUAAGAUGAUGGAGUGUGGUUGGUGUGGGAGAUGGGUGCAUGCCAGCUGUGAAGGUUUGUCUGGUGAGGGCUACCAACUUUUGUCCGCUCUACCACCAUCAAUUGAGUAUAUUUGCUGUAAGUGUAUGCCUAAUGACCCACCAUGGAGAAAGAUGCUCACUGAUCAUCUAAAAAGCCGGCUCCUUCAUCUCCUUAAACUUUUGGCAAAGAAUAAGAAGGCUUGUGCAUUAUUGAAACUCACACCUCAUAAGAAUACACCAGUACCAAAUAAACCUUAUCGUCUAAUGUCUCCUCAGGCAAUUAGAAAAUUACACUUUGAUGGUGUAGAUGACUCCAUGAAACAUACAACAGAGACCAAAGUCUAUAGAAAUACUUCAAGAGGCCGACGAAAUAAUAAUCUUUCACACAAGUUUGAUGACCCAAGUACUUCUCAAAUAUGGCAUUGUUCCUCAUUGAUGAAUGAUGUGGAAAUGGAGAAGGAAGAUAUACCACAUCCUCUGCACAAAGUUGUUAAUCUACAGGAGCCUCUCAUGCAGAAUAAGGAGAUUUGUUUCUCCACUGGCCUUUACGACACAAAAACUGAGUUUGAUGCACCUUGUGUUGAAGUACACGAGAAUUAUCCUACCCCUAAUAAGAUUGAGAAGGCAACAACUAUGUUACCAACUACAAUACAUGAUGAUAAGUAUGAAGCAAUAUCAGAUGAUGAUGAACCAAUGAAAAGUUUUCCUCAGGCCCGUAGUGAGCAGGAUUUGAGCCCAGCUCUUGUGAGGCAUCCAGGUAGUUUUGAUAAUACAGUUGACGACAUAAACAGAAUUGUUUCACCUUCGUUGCUAGAUAUCAAGAAAAGAGUAAACAAUGAUGAAUAUGUAUCAUUAAAAGAAUUCAAUCAUGAUAUGAAAGAAGUCAUUGAGAGGACAACAUGUGCUGAUCUUCAAAUGAUAUAUAAGGACUUAUUCACAGAAACUUUUCCUUGGUUUGAUUGUGAAAAUAACUGUCUACAACCAAAUCUUGAAGUUGAAGGUGAACAGGAUGACACUGAGUCUCUAAAAGACCAGGAUAUUGCUGAUAAUAGAAAUGAUAAAGCCUUAGUUUGCGUCGAAAAACCUUUAGAUCAAAUAGUGCCGAAAUUUGAAUCUGAUGAAGAGAAAUUAGAGGAGGAGUUGUUAGAGUUUUAUCCUGUAGUGGAUUCCAGGAUGUGCGUCCUCUGUAAAGGAGUUGGCGAUGGUUUGCCAUCUAUGGAGGGACGCCUUUUAUAUUGUGGUCAAAAUGAUUGGAUUCAUGCUAAUUGUGCCCUGUGGUCUGCAGAAGUUUUUGAAGAAAUAGAUGGCUCCUUGCAAAAUGUGCAUUCUGCAAUAUCUAGAGGGAAAAUGAUAAAAUGUGCUGCUUGUGAAUUGAAAGGUGCGAGUGUUGGUUGCUGUGCUAAGAACUGCAGUGAAACUUAUCACUAUGCCUGUGCUAGAAAAGAGAGUUGUGCUUUCAUGGAUGAUAAGAGAGUUUUCUGUCCUGCUCAUGGAAAAGAAGUUCCGAAGAAAAGUUUACAAAAAGAUGCUGAUUUUGAACUAACUAGAGCAGUUUAUGUAGAACUGGACAAAAAAAAGAAGAGAUAUAGUGAAAUAAAUAAAGUGCAGUUUCUUCUUGGAUCUUUGACUGUAAAUAGCCUUGGAAAAAUAGUACCAUCUGUGUCAGAUUAUGAAGACUUUUUAAUGCCUGUGGACUUUUCAUGUACACGUCUGUUUUGGUCCUGCAAAAAGCCAUCCAAAAUAGUGAGAUAUACCAUAAAAACAAAGUUAAUACUGGCAGAACCAAUGCCAGGAUUUGAUUUUGGUGUAAAUAUUACUGUAGACCACACUCUGGAUGUUCAAGUAGUUGAUAGAGUAAUGGCUGAAAUAGGAGCAUGGCAUGAUAGUCUAGAGACUGGAUCUAGUAAGACAGUCCUAAUGCUAAAAAAUGAUAAAUCACCAAUUAAAUUUGGGAGUACUAUGACUCUAGAGGAUUUAGCUGUGAAGCAAGUUGUGGAAUAUUUAUUAGACAAUGUUUGUAAACAAGAGCAGCAGGAUGAAGAGGAGCCGCAAAAUACAGCUGAUUUAUUCCCACCUGAAGUUAAGGAUGCUAUAUUUGAAGACCUUAAUCAUGAUCUACUGGAUGGUAUAUCUAUGCAAGACAUAUUUCAAGAUCUUAAAAAUGAAUUUUACUGUGCUAUGAGUCAGUCUGAUGAUAGAAGCAAUGACAAGUCUGAUUUCAUUGAUGAACUACUGAAUGCUAGGUUGGAAUCUGGAAGCAAAGAAUUAAAGAGAAGUAAAUCAGAAAUGUUGUUGCAAAAUCAUAAUCUCAAAACUUUAACUACUGGCCGUGGUCAACAAAGGUCUAGUAGUCUUACAUGGAAUAAUAAAUUUGAUACAAGUUUUUUAUCAUCAACAAUAAAAAGAUGUAAAAUGGGUAAAACUACAACAACAGAUAAACUUAGCCCAGUUCAAAGAAUAGCAUUAUUAGAGAAUCCUCUAGAUACAAAUAAGGAGGUAGAGACAACAAAUGGGGAUAAAAAACUAAAAGGUGAGUCUACUACCGGUACCAUUUUAUGUGAUGAGACACCGCAUACAUCAGGCAUUAAUUAUCGCACGACUUCGCCAAAGCAAAAGGAAGAAAGUAAUAAUGAUAAGAGUGACAAAACAGAGGGUUAUUACACAGAUGUUAUAGACUUUUAUACAAAGAUACAGUGCAGCCCCAUUUCUCAAUUAGAUGGAACUGCUGACUGGUCGGGUUCAGAGAGUACAUGCAGUUCCCGGCCUUGCAGUCCUCGCGACAAUGAUUUUUCUCCAAUACAACAAUUAGAUGGUGCUGAAGAUAAUCACCCAGUAGAUAAUGGUCAUAGAGGUCCAACUAAUCAAUUUCUUUAUAGAGCAAGUGGAUCUGAAAGUACUUACACUGUGACUAUAGCUGGAAACUCAAUAAGUGGCCAACCCGAAUUGGUUAUGAGAACAUUAGAUGAAGUAUCUGCGGUUAAUGGACAGAUUGAACAGUUAGUGAGAUGCGACAGGUGUCAGUGUACUUAUAGAAAUAAAGAAUCCUAUGACAGACAUAUUCCAAAUUGUGAUUUAAUGUCAACUAGUGAAAGUGAGAGUGAAAAUCCCAAGUCACCAGAAAAUAGAACAUUAACUACUUUACAAAAUGCUUUCCAAGGGGCAUUUGCUCAGCCAAUGAUUAUACAUGCUGGAGUUAUGGGUGGUGAGAACAGUGUGAAAGCUGAAAGCAUAUCAGCCAGAAGAACCUCAAUUAACACAAGACAGAUUACUAUUAAUGGUACUAUCGUCGAGACACCGUCUCCUGGUCCAUCAAAUGAGAUGACAAUGACAAUUACAGAACAGAUGAAAUCUGGAACUGUCAUCUUUGAUCAAACUAAAACAAAUGUCCAAGUGUCAGCAAAUCAGCAAAUAUUGUCGUCACCACAAAUUGUUGUUACUCCACAGAUGAUAUUGCCACCUAAGACAAGUUCUGCGGGUGGCCAAAAGAUUAUGACGUCUCAAAUAAUUACACAACCAAGCCUACUUCCGUACAAUAUAUGUGUAAAGCCAAAUGGCAAUGCAAAUAUACAACAGAUACAGGGUGGCGAUAUGGCACAGUUGCUUUCGGGAUCAGGAGGCAUACAAGUAAUUUCUUCUAAUUCAAAUCAAGUACUGACAAUACCAUCGAAUCAGACAGGAAGUAUAACACCUAUAAUACAAGGUAAAAAUCAAGUGACGAAUUUUCCAAACAUGGCGAGUGCAACUUCUAUUGCAUUACCAGUAAAUUCUAUUCAAGGAAUGCCUAAUGCCUCUAUCAUUCCAAAUAUUCAACCGAUGAUUCGUCCACAAAUCCAGGGAAAUCCUACAAUUGUUGUUCCCGCGAUGACGGCUCAAAGAUUGACAUCGCCAAAUUCCCAAAAUAAACAACAAAUUAUAUUGCCAGGAAAUAAUCAAAAAUCGCCUAAAAAACAACCUGCUCCUGUACAACCUAAGCCUAUAUUUCAAGGUGCUAGCAGAGGUAGAGGGCGCCCUAUUCCUAAACCGGCUACUAUAAAAAGGCAAACGAAGUUAGAAAAAACAUUUACUACUAUUAAUCAAACACCUCUUGGUCCUGGAAACACUGUCAUACAAUUACAAACAAAUAAUCAGACUGGACAACCAUCAAUAAUCGUGCCUGUUGCAAACCAAAACAUAAUGUCGGCAUAUGUUGAGGCUUUAUCUCAACAACAAAAUCAAAAUAUGCAGUAUAUUGCCACAAUUGCACCUCAAGGAGAGUUUAAAACUGGACCUCCACAGUUUAUAUCUCAAAGUGGACUUGUACCUCAAACCUUUCAAAUACAGCAAACAGAAUCAGGUGGAUUGGUUGCAGUAGCUAGUGGUGGAAUACCAGUGUUAGUGCCUCAAGGCAAUGUUGGCAUUAUACCGCAAACAAUACAGCCAGGUACUAUUUUGCCUCAAGGUACUAUACAGGCACAAGGGAUAAUUUCUCAAGGUCCUAAUGGCCCUACUAUUCUACCACAAGCUAUCCAUACUCAAAAUGGUACAACAAUAAUACCACAGGGAACUAUUCAAGGAUUAACCCCUGGAAGCAUAACAUCACAAACUGCAACUUUGUUGCCUAAUAACACAUUACAGACUGCGGGUGCUACUGUAGUACCACAAAGUGGAAUUAGUAAUGGACAGACAACUAUAAUACCUAAUGCAUUGCCAUCCCAAGGUAAAACGUUGAUAUCCUCCGCCCCUGGGGCGACGAUAUUGCCCCAAGGAACUCUGUUGCCUCAGUUUUGCAAUGAUCAAGUUUUACUUGGAUCAACUCCUACAUUAGAAAUGGUUACGGAUCCAUCUGGUUGUAUGUAUUUAACAACAACGCAACCUGUAUACUAUGGCUUGGAAACAAUAGUUCAGAAUACAGUAAUGUCGUCGCAGCAGUUUGUCUCUACGGCUAUGCAAGGGGUUCUUGCACAAAAUAGUAGCUUCUCAGCUACUACGACCCAAGUUUUCCAAGCUAGUAAAAUAGAACCUAUUGUAGAAGUGCCUACCGGAUAUGUAGUAGUGAAUAAUGUGGGUGAUGGUGUGACGCAGGCGGCGUCAACGACACCCAAUGUAGUGGCAGCGCAAUCGAUUCAGUCAUCACCACCAACAAUAAAAAAUGUAAAGACAAGUGUACCUAACCUAACAUUGCAACCUCUACCUGAUAAAUCGUCUAAUAAUAAUCGUCAUGUGCCAAAAGUGAUUCAGAUGAGUUCGACACCAAUUGCAGUUGGCUCGCAGUCCAUACCAGGCACCAUCAUAACAGGGCGCCAGAAUCUAAACCCGAUAACUUCUCAGAUACAUAGUAUGACGUUGUCGAGUACACCACAGAAUUUACAGCGAAAUAACAUAUUGAAGCCGACAAACGUGACAUUGUCGCCUAAUGUAACGCUUGUUUCGUCCAUAGGGCAACCUGUCAUGGCUAUCUCACAAUCCGUACCGAAUUCAGCGACAUCAUUUUCUAUGCCGUCUAUACCCUUAUCCCAGCCAAUUGUGUCAAGUUCUAUUGCACCUUCGUCUAAUAAAAACAAUAUAAAAAUUGAAAACCAUGUGAUUGAAAUAAGUGGCAAUUUGCACGAAGGUUCUAAUGCAAGUAGCAUCCCAACUAUAAGCGUGACUCAGAGUACAAAAGCUCCGACACCUUGGAGACAGAUGCACACACAAGGUAACGUUAAUAUAGACAAGUUAGAUUUACAAAACAUGACUGUUAAAACAUCUAGUAUUAAUAGUUGCUCAAUGAAUAUUCCAAACAACUUAACUGGAAGGCAACAUUCUCACAAUGAAUCUGAAAAAAAUAACCAAAAUUGUUUAAUGUCUCUACAGAAUAAUACUAAUUCAAUGUCUGGUAUGAGUAUGCAUUCACAUCAUUAUGAUUCAAAUUUGAAUGUAAGUCAUCAUUCUUCAACUCAUUCUUCGUCCAAUAAUGUAAUCCAAAUUACUGCAGGCAACAUAUACCCACCUUCCUCAGUAAUGAAUAGCAAUUUUGAUGCUGAUACUACAUUGAAACUCAGUAAAAUUAAUGCACUAUCGAAAGCAGAAGGCGGCCAUUUGAAUUUUUCGCAAGAAAUUAUGGCUUCGCAUUCUCAUCAACAUGCUCAAAAUGAAAAAGCCUUUCAAAGUAUGGGAUCAAAUGAUAAUAAGCAUAAUACAGAUGGUAUGAAUAAUCAAAUGAAUGUCCAUAAAUUGAAUAGUUGCCAGGUAGUUGGCAAUAUGAAUAAUACUCCCGCAAUCAGCAUAAUACCACAUAACGUUAUGAGGUCGCCAAUGCAAAGUAAUCAAAAUACAAUAUCACUUUCAAAUAAUCAAAACCAAAUAAGUUCUAUAUCGAAUAGUUCAUCACACAGCCAAGUUCAAAUAUUAAACUCUGGAAACAAUUCAAUGUCUAAUAUGAAUUUGUCAUGUCAAGAAUCCACCAGUAAUAGAAUAAAUAUGAAUGUUCCUGAAAAUAGCCAUCAACAAACUAAUCAACAUGACAUAUCAAAUUCUUCACCAAAUUCGUCAAAUCUACCACACGGUAAUAUGCAAAUAAUAUCACAUAACAGCAAUCAAUUAUCAACACCUAACCAGAUUCAUAUAAUGAAUGGUCAAAUUCAGCAUAGUAGAUCAGACAAUGGUAAUCAACUUCAACAAAUAAAUCAAAGCUCAAAUAGAUCUUUCCAUGAUAAUGUUAUUGGAAGUCAAUCCAAUAUGCAUUCUAACCGUAGUACACCAGAUAAUAACAAUCUGAUGAGCCAAUCAAUGAAUAUGCAUGGUUUAGGAAAUAGUCACAAUAUAAAUCGAAACGAUCUCAAUGAUUUGAACCAUAUGCAUAUGCAGCAACCCAUGUCUAACAUGAAUAAUAUGCAAAAUAACCGCAUAAUGAUGGAGAAUAUGCCAUCCCAUAACAUGAAUAAUAUGAGCCAUCAAAUGCACUCUAAUAGAUCUAUGGAAAACGUUCAUAAUUCUCAACUACAUACAAUGCAACAAAUGAAUCAUCAUAUGAAUAAUAGUAAUCGACCUCAGAUGGACAAUAAUAACAUGCAUGUUAAUCAACAAAUGGUUCUACAGAAUAGACAAAUGGACAAUAUUGGACAUCAUCAUCAGCAUCAGAUACCAAAUGUAAUGCAAAUGCAAAAUAGUCGGUCUCAUAUGGAAAAUAAUUUAAUGAGUAUGCACCAACAUGUACCUAAUCAAAUGCACAACCGACAGUCUAUGGAUAGCGGUAUGCAUAUGCAUCAUAUGCCGGGAAAUACGAAUAAUAUGAAUAUGCCCAAUCAAAUGGAUAAUACAAAUGCUAUAUCAAAUAUACAUGUUAAUAGGCAUGACAGUAAUUCAAUAGGGAUGCAAAAUCUCAGUACCAUGAAUCAAUUACAGAACAGAUCAUCCAUAGAACACACGUCAAUGAUGCAGCAUCAAAUGAACAAUAUGAGUUCAAUGAACAAUAUGAAUCUACACAGCAACAUCAACAGCUCUAUGCAAAUUACUAACACAAAUCAUCAAUCUAUGAAUAAUUCCUUGAUGCAUGUACCUAAUAUUCCAGAUAUUAAAAACGAAAUUCAAAAUGCGUGUGGUGGAAGUUGCACUAGCAAUACUUCACAAUAUUCUAAUAACCAAAAUUCCUUUGAUAUAUGUUCAAAUAUGAAUUCAACUAAUAAUAUGAACAUCAGUACAGGAAGCAUGUUGCAUAACAUGAAUGUUAACAGUUCCAAUAUACCUAAUAACAUGAUGAUGAACUCCGUAAACAAUAGUGGCAUGUAUGGUGCCAACAGUCAAAACUCAAUGGCAGGUCAUGAUAUGUUAAUGAGUUGCAAUAACUCGUCAGAUCAUGGUGUUAACAACCUCAUGUCAAACUCUAAUCACAUGAUGAUGAACAAUUCUCAGUCUCAUGCUAAUUCAAAUCAAAAUCAAAUUUUAAGCUCUCAAGUUGCUAAUAAUUCACAAAUGAAUAUCAGUAGCUGUAGUAUGAGCAGCACAUCACAAAAUCAACUGACUAAUAUGGAUAACCAAAUGAACAGAAAUAAUAUGUCCGUAAAUGAAUCUGCGAAAUUUCCUCAAGAAUCAUUGAGAGGUAAAAAUAUUAUGGGUACAUCCUCUAAUACUAAUUUGCCUAUGGCAAAUUUAGCUAAUAACGAUUGCGCUAAAUUAAAUAUGACAGGAAAUGAAAAGCAGAAUCACAGUAUACCAGUGAAUAACCAAAUAGGAUAUAUGCAAAUGAAUUCGCAAAAUAAUAGAGUGAUUAAUCUCCCUGAAAGGAGCAGGAUUAAUAGUGCUAAUUUGGAAAAUAAUUUGAAUCAACAUGUUUCCCAAAGUAACAUAAAUCAACAUGUGCCCCAACAGCAUAAUAUAAGAGUUAUGACUAACACUGCCAGUAGUAAUUUAACCGGAAUAAACACAGAACCUCUAGCAUAUCAACAAAAGACUGAGAAUAGUGGCACUAUGAUCAAUGUACCAUUCCAAGCAAUACCCAAUAGUGCCCCUAUGAAUAUCAAUGUUAACUCCAGUAAUAACACAGUAAAUAUCACUGUUCAAAAUAAUCUUGUUGACCCAAAAAUUGCAUCAAAGGCAGCUACUGAUAUUAACUUCCCUAUUCAACCAAAUACUAAUUUACUUACAAAUCAAAAUAAUAGUGGAAAUAUGAUAUGCAUUCCUGUUCAAAAUAAUACGAUAAACUUACCUACACAAAAUAGUUCCAGCAUCACUUUACCGAAGGCUCCUCCGACUCAACAAUCUGGCAUACCUACUAAUGUUGUUAAUCCCAUGUCUAUGAGACCUAUGAAUAGAGUAUUGCCAUUACAUAGAGAAGGUCAAAGCAAAUCUGCAAAGAGUUCAACCGCUAAUAAAUCAUCUGUAGUACCAAAGCAGAGACCAGUAAGCCAUGAUAUGCCUGAUUUAAACAUCAAAGAUGAAACAAUCGACAGUGAUUUGGAAAAGGCCAUUGAAGAGUCUAAACGCAUGAUGGAGUUGGAAAGACUAAAAAAAGAAAAAGAGGAGAGAGAUGCAGCUCGCGCUUUGCAAUUAUCUACCGAAACGCAUCAAGCUAAUACAAGUAGUGCUUCAAUGGAGACAGAAACAACGAGUGCAUGUGAAUCGAUUGAAACUGUUCCGAAAAUGCCUUCUUUACCGAAUUUGGAUACAGAAAUGAUUGAAGUUGAGCCACCAAAGAUACUAGUUGAAAAAGAUAUAAAUAAGACUCCAGUCACUCCAAAAGUUCCUAAUGCACCUGCAAAAUUAAUGAAAAGACCUUUUGGCGAUAAGAAAAAUGAAAUUGAAACAAUCGUGAUUAAAAAGCAACCUAAAUUAAGGGGUCAAGAGAAUAAACCAUCUCUUCCGAAACAAACACCAGAUCCUCCAAAAGAUGAUGGCCCAAAAUUAAUAUAUGAAGUAACAUCUGAAGACGGUUUUAACUACACAUCAUCUUCACUAACUGACCUCUGGGCGAAGGUAGUGGAAGCCGUUCAAAAUGCUAGAAAACAAUCUGGAUUACCUUUAAUACAGUAUAACCUACCUUCAAGUUUAUCAGGAGCGCACUUGUUGGGUCUUAACAACAAUGCCUUGCGAUAUUUAAUUGAACAACUGCCUGGGGCAAGUCGAUGUACAAAAUAUAAACUACGCCAAGGGCGGCCGUUAAAUAGCUGGGAUAAUGACCUGGAUUUAAGCGAGGGCUUCAAGGAGAGUCCAUGGGGAAGUGCUCGCACUGGACCUGUGGCCAGGAAACAAAACCACGAUAUGUUUAGUUGGAUGGCGUCGCCUUUCAGAGAAGAGCCUCCACCAUUCGGAGGCCAGGAAGGAGAGAGUUCUAUAUCGAGGCGUUUAGCAACUCUACCCCCUGCAAUGCGAUUCAGGCAAUUGAAGGAGACCUCUAAAGUAUCUGUGGGCGUAUACAGAUCUCAUAUUCACGGACGUGGUCUAUUCUGUAAACGUGACAUCGAAGAAGGGGACAUGGUGAUAGAGUAUGCAGGCGAAGUGAUUCGCGCGGUGCUCGCUGAUCAACGUGAGAAACGUUACGAAGCGAUGAGUGGUCGACGAGGAGUCGGCGGAUGUUACAUGUUCCGCAUCGAUGACAAUCUAGUGGUAGAUGCAACCCUCAAGGGGAAUGCUGCUAGAUUCAUCAACCAUUCCUGCGAUCCCAACUGUUACUCACGCGUGGUGGACAUUCACGGUCAUAAGCACAUCCUUAUUUUUGCUCUGCGUCGCAUCACCGUCGGCGAAGAGCUCACGUAUGAUUACAAGUUCCCAUUUGAAGAAGUCAAGAUACCCUGCACUUGCGGUGCCAAGAAAUGUCGCAAGUACCUUAAUUGAAGACUAUGCGUAAGUUUACUUUGUGUCAAUUAUGAAUAUUGGAAAAGAUAAGUCAUGUGGCACCACAUUUAUCAUACGUCUUUAAAGGACUAUAAGUAUCACAUUGGUAUAUUAAAUGUCGUAAUUAAAGAAGUACAUACAAAUUAAGACAAACAUUUUUACUUGGAUUGGAUAUUAGAAACAUGGAUAGUUUUAUGUAUGUGGCAUAGAAAAUUGAUGGAUCUCCUAAGAAUUCUAAGAAUGCGCAUUUAGAAUCUACGUGUGGGGAGGUGUGUGUGUAAGGAUAAAAUACUGGGUCGAGUACGUUUAUUAUAUGUACAUAUUUGUGUAUGUAAGACAAUAAGUUAACUUCACAUAUCGCGUUAUUCCCACCUUUGUAUCUUGACUUUUUCAGUGCCAUGAAUAGCAUUGGAUGCACUGAGAAAAAAAUGAAUCUUGUUAUGAUCUCUUUCUUGAAUCUACCCAGUGUUUAUAAUUGUUGGAUUGUAUAAUUUGGACUUAGAUUUAUUUAAGAAUUAUUUUGUGAUAAGUAUAUAUUUUGUAUAUAUUUUUAUUUGCGUUUUUAAUACAAUGUUUACUGUUUAGAGGUUUCACGAACGGCUUAAGCGUGUACACUAAACUUGGAUGUGAUAUGUUUUAGCCCCAAAAUUUGGGUACGAGAAUGGUUAGUGCAUAUGUAGGUAUUGUAUAUUUGUUCCUCAUUUUAUUCUUAUUUGUCUUCAUUUGUGAUCAAUUAAGUCUCGACUAACAUACCCUGUAAAUAUAAUUAUUACAUCCUAUUUUUAGUAAUUAUUAAUAGUUAACAUAAUUAUUAAUAAUAAUAUUAGUACAUUCGAAAAAGGGUAGCAAAGUUACAAGUACAAUGUUACUUUUUAAUAGUUU